CACCCCCCGGGCCGCCCGGGCCCCAGGCCUUCCCCGCGCUCCUCCUCCCUCUCUCCACACUCUGCUGCGACCCGGGUGCCGCUGCCGUCCGCCAGCCUCGCCGUCUCCGGGGCAAGUUCUUCUCCUCCUCGGGCUCUCCUUUCACACACGCGCGCGCGCGCCCUGGCUCGCUGGGCCGCCCCCUUUUCUCCUGCCCUCCUCACCCUCACAGUCCUUUAAACGCCGCCGUCGGGGGUGGGCGGAGGAUUGAUGUCCCUUCAGCAUCAUGCAGCCGCCGCCGAGGAAGGUGAAAGUUACACAAGAGCUGAAAAACAUUCAAGGUGAGCAGAUGACAAAACUGCAAGCCAAGCAUCAGGCGGAGUGUGAUCUACUGGAAGAUAUGAGGACUUUCAGUCAGAAGAAGGCUGCUAUUGAAAGAGAGUAUGCACAGGGUAUCCAGAAAUUGGCUAGUCAAUAUCUGAAGAGAGAUUGGCCUGGAAUAAAAAGUGAUGAUCGGAAUGAUUACAGGAGUAUGUAUCCUGUUUGGAAAUCUUUUCUUGAGGGGACAAUGCAGGUAGCCCAGUCUCGGAUCAAUAUAUGUGAAAACUAUAAAAACUUCAUUUCUGAACCUGCAAGGACAGUAAGAAGCUUAAAAGAACAGCAACUAAAACGGUGUGUGGACCAGUUGACAAAGAUCCAAACAGAAUUACAAGAAACUGUGAAAGAUUUAGCAAAAGGCAAAAAGAAGUACUUUGAGACUGAACAGAUGGCUCAUGCAGUCAGAGAGAAAGCUGACAUUGAAGCAAAGUCUAAACUUAGUCUUUUUCAAUCAAGAAUCAGUUUACAGAAAGCAAGUGUGAAGUUAAAAGCCCGGCGAUCUGAGUGUAAUUCCAAAGCCACCCAUGCAAGGAAUGAUUACCUUCUUACACUAGCAGCAGCAAAUGCACAUCAGGACCGCUACUAUCAAACAGAUUUAGUUAACAUUAUGAAGGCUCUUGAUGGAAAUGUGUAUGACCACCUCAAGGAUUAUUUAAUAGCUUUCAGCCGGACCGAGCUAGAAACUUGCCAAGCUAUACAGAACACAUUCCAGUUUUUACUAGAAAACUCCAGCAAGGUGGUACGGGACUAUAACCUUCAGCUGUUUCUACAAGAGAAUGCUGUAUUUCACAAGCCUCAGCCCUUCCAGUUCCAGCCUUGUGACAGUGAUACUAGUUUAAAAGCUGCCCAACUGGUGGAUAUUGAGCUCUCCCCUGUCAGUGCUCUGAGAAUGACCAUAGCUGAGAGUCGACAGUUAGAAUCAGAAACUGGUACCACAGAGGAACACAGUCUAAAUAAGGAGGCUCGGAAAUGGGCCACACGUGUGGCACGUGAGCACAAAAAUAUUGUUCAGCAGCAGCGGGUUCUAAAUGAUCUGGAAUGUCAUGGAAUUGCUGUAUCAGAACAAAGUCGAGCAGAGCUGGAACAGAAAAUAGAUGAAGCUAGAGAAAAUAUCCGUAAAGCAGAGAUAAUUAAAUUGAAAGCUGAAGCCCGGCUAGAGCUACUAAAGCAGAUUGGGGUUUCUGUGGACACGUGGCUGAAGAGCGCCAUGAACCAAGUGAUGGAGGAGCUAGAAAAUGAGCGGUGGGCCCGCCCUCCAGCUGUGACCAGCAACGGCACUCUACAUUCGCUUAACACAGAUGCUGAAAGAGAAGAAGGAGAAGAGUUUGAAGACAACAUGGAUGUUUUUGAUGACAGCAGCUCCAGCCCUUCUGGCACUUUAAGGAAUUAUCCACUUACCUGCAAAGUUGUUUAUUCCUAUAAGGCUUCUCAACCAGAUGAGUUGACCAUUGAGGAGCAUGAGGUGUUAGAAGUGAUUGAAGAUGGAGAUAUGGAAGACUGGGUAAAGGCUCGAAAUAAAGUUGGACAAGUGGGUUAUGUUCCAGAAAAAUACCUACAGUUUCCCACCUCAAACAGCCUACUGAGCAUGCUGCAGUCCUUGGCUGCUCUGGACAGUCGGUCCCACACAUCCAGCAAUUCCACAGAAGCAGAACUCGUUUCAGGCAGCCUCAAUGGAGAUGCUAGUGUCUGUUUUGUGAAAGCACUUUACGAUUAUGAGGGCCAGACGGGUGAUGAAUUGUCCUUUCCUGAGGGAGCAAUUAUCCGUAUCUUGAACAAAGAAAACCAAGAUGAUGAUGGCUUCUGGGAAGGGGAGUUCAGUGGUCGAAUUGGCGUUUUCCCAUCGGUGCUAGUGGAAGAACUCUCAGCCUCAGAGAGUGGCGACACUCCGUGGACAAGAGAGGUUCAGAUCUCUCCAUCCCCCAAGCCGCACACAUCCCUGCCUCCACUGCCGCUGUAUGACCAGCCUCCCAGCAGCCCUUAUCCCAGUCCAGAUAAGAGGAGCUCCCAGUUCUUCCCCCGGUCUCCUUCAGCCAAUGAAAACAGCCUUCAUGCCGAAUCACCAGGGUUCUCACAAGCAUCAAGGCAGACUCCUGACACCUCAUAUGGCAAGCUGCGGCCUGUUCGGGCGGCACCCCCACCACCCACACAGAACCACCGACGGCCAGCUGAGAAAAUGGAGGAUGUAGAGAUCACACUGGUGUGAUAGUGGGUUUACCUUCCGUUCUUGCUACAAUCGAGGCCGGGCUUGGAGUUUGGCCAGUCGUUUCUAGGCACCUUUGCAUGAUGAUGACUCUUGAACAGAGCAAAACUGAGGAGGAUUCUAUGUGACCGGUUGGCCUGAUUGUGCCUUUUUUGUUGUCAUUUUCUGUCAUCUCUCCUACCAUAGCACAAACCAUAGCGGGUCCUAGAAGCAGAGGGGAGCAGCUCUCAUGCCUUAUGGAGGCCCAUUUUUAUAUGAGACUCAAGGCCAGGCCCAGAUCCAGGGCACAGACCCAGAAUUACUGAUCAUGUGCACUUGUACAGUAUAUUACUGUGGCCACAAGGCUGUGGCAAAGAUCUCAUCUUUCUUCAAGUGGAUUUUGCUCUUCUGAUUAAGUAUUAAUCAGAUUAUGUUGGCUAUAUAAGGAAACAAGAAGGAUCCAGGAGAGGCUGGCUCCUCCCUGAGGUUCAUAUUCAUACUGAAAAUGCAACUUUACUGGGAAGAAAGUGGACUGCCUGAGCUUAGCACCAAUUACAUUAAUGCACAUCUCUUCCACAACUAACAGAUUUAAAAUAACAGUGUCCUUUGUAUUAAUAUUUAUGCCAUUCAUUUAGUAUUAGUGGGCUAACCUGGAGGGGCUGAAGCCACAUCUUGCCCAUCACAUAGACUAGUAGAAGGGAGAUUAUGGCAGAAGCAGCAAUGGAGCUUCCAGAUCUGAAAUGAGCCACUUGAAUGUUCUUUCCGUCUUUGGGUAUUUCCCUCUUAGUUUUACAGUGUAUACCCUCUGACCAGUAUCCUUUGAACCCAAGUAUCGGGCUGCAGUAAGGACAUGGGCCUAUAUUGUGCAGCUUCUCUACUGGGAAGGCCCUUAUAUUAUUUUUAUUCCCAAGCCAGAGUACUGGCCCAGACACUGGGUUGUAAUUGGUGCAGAUAGACCAGCUGUCGCCUUCAGAAAGUGCAGCUUCAGGUCCUACUGCCCUGACAUUGUCUGGGGUGAAGAACCUAUGAGCCCUGGAGGAAACCUGCUUCCUGUGGAAAGGACUGCACAUCUGCACAGGUGAAACCAAGGAGACCAAACCUGCAGGUCCUGGAGAGCCGCAGCAGCAGGGCCCUGAAGGGCUGCCCGCACUAUGGACUGUGGGUCUUCUUGACCUAGGGAACAAAGUGAUGUUUGCCAAUUCUCUUUUACCUUGGUUAGGAAGUGAAAUUCACAGAUUUAAAGGUUGUAUGAUGCUUUGAAAUUUCCAUCCCUCCUGAGAAUCUCUAAAAACUUGAAAUGUUCACAUGUCCCCGUGGGAUUUUUGACUGAUGAUCACUUUAGCGAUGAUACUCUGGUGAAUCUUCUCCAUGAAUCUGAAUUUUUGUUUUUUGCAUUUAUCAGUUGAUCUAUUUGAGGUCUUUUUAUGUUUAUCAAACUUAUUCUUAAGUUUAAAAAAUUAAAGGCUGUUUUAAGAUUUUCAAAUUUGCUGAUCUUUAAAGUGCUUGUAAUAGAGCAUUUCAUGCCACCCUGUCUUGUAUUCUCUUUAGCUAACCAAAUUGUCCUUGGAUUUGAGUUUCCCAUAACCUCAGUUAUUUGAACUCUUUUGUUAUAUUAAAAUAUUUUUUGGAAGAGCUGCUAAUUUUAUUUUAAGGAACAAAGUUGUAAAAAUAUGCCUUUUUAAAAAAUAACCCUUCUCUCCAGGCCGCAUAACCCAGCAUCACCAUGCACAGGUCAGGGCUCAGAGGGAGCCUCCGUGCAGAUGCGCUUUCUUUACAGUGGCUGAAAAAAUUUGUAUUUAUUAUGUAUAAAAUGUUGAAUAAUAAAAAGUGGAAUUAAGUUUUCCAAGUGUCCUGAUAAAAAA